GAUGACGUAGUCCACAUUCACCAUUUUCAUUUUGAUGAUGAGACAUCUUCCAACUUGGAAUUUUUAUUGAAAAAGUGACAGACAGGAGAGAAAAAACACGAGGAUGAACGAAUCUGAAGUCCUUACAACCCUCAAAAUUCUCAUCAUAGGAGAAAGUGGUGUAGGGAAAUCAAGUUUAUUAUUGAGAUUCACAGAUGAUACAUUUGACCCAGAGCAAGCAGCAACAAUAGGUGUUGACUUCAAAGUGAAGACAUUGUCAGUAGAUGGAAAUAAAGCAAAAUUAGCUAUUUGGGAUACUGCAGGCCAGGAGAGGUUUAGGACCCUGACACCCAGCUACUACAGAGGAGCACAGGGGGUUAUAUUAGUGUAUGAUGUUGCCAACAAACAGACUUUCCAGAGGUUAGAUAACUGGUUGAGUGAAUUAGAAACUUUUGCUACAAAGCAUGAUUUAAUAAAAAUGGUGGUAGGAAAUAAGAUUGACAAGGAAGGACGAGAAAUUAGCAGGGAAGAAGGCUUAAAAUUUGCCAGGAAACACAGAACACUUUUUAUUGAAGCCAGCGCAAAGACAAAAGAAGGUGUACAAUGUGCAUUUGAAGAAUUAGUAGAAAAGAUUAUCCAGACUCCUGGCCUGUGGGAGGCAGAUCAACAAUCUGGCCUGUCGUUAGGGAAAGGAAUCACUGAUGCACAACAGUCUUGUUACUGUGUCUUGUAAACUGAUAUGUUUAAAUAGUCUUCUGAGGACUGGACCAACAACAUGUGAUGUGAAAUACUACAUGAUUGUGUGAUCAAGAUGUGUUUUUAUCUCAACCAGGACUGUGUGUCACACCUAACACAAUAUGCAGCUAGAAUUAUAAGGCGUGUGAUUACAGUGAUAAAAUAAUGAUGCUAGUAUGUGCUAGUACAUUGAUUGUAGCCAGUACAGUCCCUCAUUCUCUUUCUCUCUCUCUCUCUCUCUCUCUCUCUUUGUU